AUGGGAGCUGACGCACGAAAGGAGCAAGACUGUUCCAGCUGCUUUAGAAGUUUGAGAUCAUCUGAAAUAAGUAUUUCUAAGGAAGUAGUGCAGAAUCUGCUAUCCAUGUUGAUAUCUUUGAGAGCUCUAUCUUUUUGUGGUCUUCAUAUGACUGAGUUAUCUGAUUCAAUUGAAAAUUGUUACGAACUUGAAGCUCUGUCCAAAAAUAUGCAUCAUCUCAUGAAUUUGAGACAUCUUAUUAUCAGUGGAGAUAGCCUAGUUGAGAUGCCAAGUCAAAUAAGUAAUUUGAGGAAUCUUCAAACGUUGACAACUUUUGUUGUGGGAAAGGAUAGUGGUGCUAAAUUGGAAGAGUUGGCCAAACUUCAAAGUGUACAUGGAAAGCUUUCCAUUAAGAAGUUAGAAAAUGUGGUCAAUGUUACGAAAGCAACGAAUCAAGUGAAUGUACCGGAAAAGAAUCAACUUGAGAAACUGAGUAUGGAAUGGAUUGUUAAUGAUGUUAUUGUUGAUCCAAAACAUGGAGAAUUUGUGCUUGAAAUGCUUUCACCUAACACAGUGUUGAAGCAGCUCAUAAUUCGUAAUUACCGAGGCUCAAAAUUUCCAAAUUGGGUUGGUAAUGAUUCGUUUAGCAACCUUGCUGAAGUAAGUCUUUAUGGGUGUAAGCAUUGCUCUUAUUUGCCACCCUUUAGGCAACUUCCUUUGCUAAAACAUCUUUACAUCUCAAGAGCAACUUUGGUAGUGACUGUUGGUGCUGAGUUUUACGGGAAUAGUUCUUUGAGAAAGCCAUUUGCAUCAUUGGAAACAUUAUGUUUCUAUGGCAUGUCAUCAUGGGAGAAAUGGCAUUCAAUGCAAACUGAAGAGGCAGCAACAUGUGGGAAGCUCAUAACCCUUGAGAUUAUUAACUGUUAUAAGCUCAUCGGAGAUUUGCCUCGCCUUCUUCCUUCAUUAACAUAUAUUAAAAUUGAAGGAGAUAAGGAAAAUGAGAUUUUGGCACUUGGAGAACUUAAAGUCAUUGUACAUGCAAUAAAGCCAAGCAAUCCUUCUUCCAUUUCUACAAGUGGAUGCUUGCCUACAACUCUCACUCCAGUCUACCAUUACCCUCCUCUUCAGGUGCUUCGUUUGUGGAAUUGUGGAUCAUCCUUUAGAUCCCUCCAUAUGGAUUUAUUUCCCAAUCUCAAAACUCUUCGUAUUCAAUCCAGCCACUACUUUGAAGCCCUCUCAAUGUCCAAUGUGAAAUCUCUUGAGCAACUAUCAUCUUUAUUUAUCGAGCAUUGUAGUAGUUUUGUAUCUUUCCCAAAUGGUGGACUUCUUGCUCCCAAGCUGAGUGAGUUUAUCAUUCGUGAUUGUCCUAAAUUGAAGUGGUUGCCAAAGAAGAUGACUUCCCUCUCAUCUUUAGUGUCCUUGACAAUUAAAGAUUGUCCAUUGAUAGAGCCUUUCCCAAAAGGUGAAGGUGAAGGUAAUCUGCCUAUUAGUUUGUGUACACUUGAUAUAUCAGAUGUAUUUUUUAGGAUGAGAUGGAAUUGCCAAACACUACCCCAUCUUACCUCUCUUGUUAUAUCUGGUAAUAAUGAAGAUGUGGAAUCAUAUCCAGAGGAAGGCCUACUGCCUACUACUAUUACCUAUCUUUAUAUCGAUGGAUUUUCAAAACUUAAAGGCCUGGAUAAAAAUGGGCUUAGACAACUCAUCUCCUUGCAAACACUUGAGAUCUACAACUGCCCUAAGUUACAAACAUUGUCAGAAGAUUGGUUUCCAACCUCCCUCACCUCUUUAUGGAUAGCUAAAUGUCCUCUGUUGAAGAAAAAGUACAACAAGGAGGAGAGUGGGAAUGAGGAGUACUGGACCAAGAUUAGUCACAUACCCAAUGUCAAAUUUGAAUGA